CCUAUUGGUUCUCUAUCUCUCUUUCUUUCUCCCUAUUUUCUUCUUCUUCUUCUUCUCCUUUCCGUUCUCAAGUGACAUGAACUACACCGUUACGCGUCUUCUUCUCUUCUUGAUUCCUUCGCAAGAAAUCUUCUCCGCUUUUCCUCGACACUAAAGUGUAAAAUCGAUAAACUUGGUGACUUCCCGGAGAUGGUUUCGUUUUCGGGUUUCGUGUUCGUAUUUGGGUUUCUUCUGGGGAUUCUCGCCAUCGUAGCGGCGGAAGUAGCGGGGUUUCUGUAUCUUCUGAAGCGAUUGAAUCGGAAGAGAAAUCUCCGGGAUUCGAGUUCGAGUUCUGAUCCAACACUCAAGGAGUUUGAUCCUCCCCAGUCCAUUAAUUUCACUCUCAGCAAACAGGGAGUGAUUUGGGUUUUGGAGCUGGAUGAAAGUUUAAAAGAUUGGAUGAAGGAAAAUUUACCAAAAGAGCAAAAGAAGAAGAAAGACCAACUCUUGGAGGUGCACCCAUCAAGGAAAUUUGCUCGUAUCAAAGACCAUAAGCUCAUCUUAGCAGACGCAAAUGGCAAUCAGACUAUCAUCACUUUGAAAGGUUGCUCCGUUGAGGCCGUUUCUGGGUCUGGACUCCCCACAAGGAAAUGGGCUAAAAGAUUUCCUAUCCAAGUAGAAAGCAAAACCUCAGACUUGUACAAGGGAAACCGAGUGUUUUACAUCUAUCUCGAGACUUCUUGGGAGAAAGAGUCAUGGUGUAAAGCUCUUCGUCUUGCUGCUUCCACGGAUCAGGAAAACUCUAUUUGGCCCAACAAACUGAAAGAAGAUUUCCGAACCUACAUGGCUUCCCUCAACGUUGCAUACCCUUGUUUCAUGAAACCAUCAGCUGGGUUUAGUCUUGAGUCAUUGGACAAAGGGAUCAAAACGGAUGGUCCUUCGUCAAAGGUUCGUUUGUUCUGGAAGAAAUUUUCGAAAAAGUGCUCAACUAAAGUGAAUCUGGCCCCGCCGAACCGUGAAGACAAGAAGACUUCGACCCGUCCUUACCAAGAUUCACAGUCUAACGGUAGCUCUGGAAGGAGCACUCCAGCAAGAAAGAUGCGAGAUAACAAUAACAUCCCUGAAGAAACCGAUGUGCAAGUCUUCUCACGUACUUGGAGCCAAGGCAGUCAUCUCUCGGAUGUAGACUCCGAAGACAAGUUCUAUGCUGAUGAAGGAACGUUGGCGUGGAACUUACUAAUCUCUCGGCUGUUUUUUGAUGUCAAACAGAACACAGUGCUAAAGAAUGCAGUGCAGGAACGGAUCCAGCGAGUGUUGUCCAACAUGAGGAUUCCUAGCUAUAUAGGCGAUUUAAUCUGCUGUGAUGUAAACAUUGGUAAUCUCCCGCCUUAUAUACACGGUACAAGGAUUCUUCCAAUGGAGAUGAAUGGUGUGUGGGCGUUCGAACUAGAUGUUGAAUACAGUGGCGGUGCGGGACUCGUAGUUGAAACUCGGGUUGAUGCUCGAGAGGAAGAUCUGCAGAAAGGCAUAGCUGAGGGAAGACUGCAGCCAAAUUCUGCUGGGGAUGUUCCUCCAGAUCUCCUUGAAGGUCUUGCAGAUUUUGAAAAGCAGUUAACUGUCCCCGGAGGAAAUGUUGAUGAUCAAGAUGUCAGAACUGGAGGAAGCGACAAAGCUGAUGAAUCUAAGGGUUCAAAAGGUACAAAAGCAGCUUCGAACAAUGGAUCCAAGUGGAAGUCUAUUCUGAAGAACAUCGUUGAGCAAGUAUCCCAGGUUCCAAUUACUUUGUCAAUAGGAGUCUCUUCGCUUCGAGGGACACUGCGUGUACACAUGAAGCCUCCUCCAUCUGAUCAACUAUGGUUUGGCUUCACAAGCAUGCCCGAUAUUGAAUUCGAUCUACUCUCAUCUGUUGGUGAUCACAAAAUCACAAACAGCCAUGUCGCUAUGUUCUUGGUCAACCGGUUUAAGACGGGUAUACGAGAGGUCAUGGUGCUCCCCAACUGCGAAAGCAUAACCAUUCCGUGGAUGAUAGCUGAAAAGGAUGAUUGGGUCCAACGCAAAGCCGCUCCAUUCAUGUGGCUGAAUCAAGACUCAACCAGUGAUCACGACAGCUUCGAAGCAGCAGAAGCGAAAUCCAAAGCUGACAAGCCGCCGAGUUCUGAACAAGCGCAGAAACCUCCCAACGUUCCCCAGAAGCCAAGAAUUGAGAAAGAACCUGUGACUGCACAACCACCAGCUAAUUCGGCAGCUUUUAUAGUGGAGAGUGACAGAUCCUUGGAAGAACUCAAGGCUCCGCUGCUGGAGAGCAGUGACAAGCAGGACGCGAUAGCACGAGGAGGCAAUGCCGGGGAGAUAAUUCCUGGUAGUGUUCAGUCAUCGUCGAGGUCGAUUGGUUCAAGUGAAGAGGAUGAUUCGAAUUUGAAGGGAAAGAAAAUGGGAACCAAGGAGAGGAUGUUUGAUUUCAGGAAGAAAGUUGGAGAGAAGUUUGAAGAGAAGAAGCGUCAUGUGGAGGAAAGAAGUAGACAGAUUGUUGAAAAGAUGAGAGGACCUUGACACAAUGGUUUAGAAGAAGAAGAAGAAGAAGAAACCAUCGUUUUUGUUUUUUUUCAGUUUUCAGACAAAAAAAAAAACGUUACAAAGAACAAGAAAGUCAGAUCAGAUUAGGAGAUUGUUACUUAGUGUUCAUAUGUUUGGUGAAAAAUAGCAAAAAUAACUCAUUGCUAAAUAUUUCUUCAUUCUUAUUUAUUAUUACAAACAAGAGUUGCAUCAAAACAAAGAUUUUAUGCAAGUGAUUUCAUACACACAAAGAGAGAAAUUGAAACAAAGACCAUAAACAGCGACAUGAGUAAAGCCCCGUCUAAUAAUCUUCUGGAGCCAAUGGCUGGUGCGUGUGGUGCGUAGGUGGCUCACUGGGUAUGACCAUGUACUCAUAUAUGAGGGCGGCUAAAGCACCGCCGAUGAAUGGUCCAACCCAAUAGAUCCAGUGGUCAUUCCAUCUCCAUCCCACCAAUGCUGGACCAAAGGCUCGAGCUGGAUUCAUCGACGCACCAGAGAAUGGUCCACCCACUAAGAUGUUCGCUCCAACUACGAGUCCGAUUGCAAGCGGCGCUAUGAUCCCAAGGCUUCCACGUUUUGGAUCAAUCAAAGUCGCAUACACGACGUAGACUAGGCCAAAUGUUAAAAUGAUCUCUAGCACGAGUCCGUUAACCACCCCAACGCCUGAUGCUACACGGAAACCGACCGGUCUCAAGCCGUUUGUUGCGAGCCUCAACAAGAGGCAAGCGAUGAUGGCUCCAAGAAGUUGAGCGAUCCAAUAGUAGAUGGCACGGAUCGCUGAAAGUCUGCCUCCGACAAGGGCACCGAAAGUGACGGCCGGGUUUACGUGUCCACCAGAGACAUUGAUGGCUGCUGAAACAGCAGCGAACAGAGCAAAGGCAUGAGCCAACGCCACUAAUAUCAAUCCUCCUGGUGUGUUUGUUCCUGUAUGAGCCGCGUGCUCCCAAUACAACUUAUAGAGAGGAUAGAGCCUUCAGCUGCAAAUACGAAGACAAAAGUGGACAGGAACUCAGCUAAAGUGGCUCUAAUGGAGUCGGGGUGUGUCGCCUCAUCGGCUCUGCCGAAACCGUAUGAUCUACGAGCUGAUGUCGCCAUUAUAAUCAAACACUCCGAAUUAACAAGGAUGUGUGUGAAGAGAAAGAUAGAAAUGGGAAGAGAGAGAUAGAGAGAGUUUAAAUGAAGCCAAAAUGAAGCGAACUCGAAGUAAAGAGGGACACAUGUGAGACUUGAGUGACUUGAGAUGGACACGUAGCUUUAAAUUGCAUGCAUUUUACUUAGCCGUGACUUCAAUCUAUUUUUUUUUCUUCUUAGAGUUCGUGUUCGUAUAUAUCAAUAAUUUCCUCUGCCUCCUUAUCUUCUCUUGGUAAGUUUUUGGAC